AUGAGUUUGUUAUUCUACCUUAUCUCGAACAACCUGUUUUUGUCAGACCCCGACGAGGACCCGGAUGUAAUGGAACAAGAUGAACAGAUUUUGGAGAUACUCAAAGAUACUGGGUGGGAUGAUUUCAAACAUCUCAAGAGGCUAAUCCCAGUUCGGAUGCCCACUGCUGAAUCCAUCGCCGAGAGAAUAUUUUGCGCUGCCGUACGACAAGAUGAUUUUGACCUUGUCCAAAAGAUGCUCCAGGCUGGCAUGAACCCUGAUGAAGUGGUGAUUGAGAAUUCUUUCGGAGAAGUUGAUGGUUCACUCUUUACCGCUUUGCAGCAUGUCUCGGUGACCAGCCGAUGCGCCAGUUCCAUCAAUCUUUUGAUUAAUCAUGGGGCUGAUGUAAAUUUUUCUCUCAAGGCUGAUGGCAAGACUGCUUUGUUCUAUGCAAUUGAAGCGAUAAACGUGGUAUCCAUUCGUGUGCUUCUGGCCCAACACGCAACGGUCACACCAGAAUGCGUCUACUCUGCUACUCUUAUUUUACCGAACUGCAAAGAAGAUUUGAGCUGGAUUGAAGAUAUCAUUGAAAUAUAUCUCGAUCAAGAUGUGGCAAUGCAAGGAGACGCUAAAGCGGCACUUUUAGAUGCCCUUACGCACAGACAUAAACAUAUUGUUGAGCGUUUCCUUGCCAAAGAGGUCAAUCUGAAUGGACUGUUAACCACCCGCGCCCCAGAUGGAGAGAAUGAAUGUCAGACUACGUUGCUAGGCCUAGCAGCAGAAUAUGGGGAUGCUGAAAUCGUGCGCCUGUUGCUACAUUUGUCUUUCCAUGAAGACCCUUCACUUCUUUGCCCACCAUAUGUUCAACCGCUCGUUUUUGCAGCCAAAAGGGGCUCCAUCGACAUCUGCAAGAUCUUGGUGGGCUCAAAUGCCGAUAUUCAAUCUGCGGAUGAGGGUGAAAAGACGUUACUUGAGCGAACCCUUCCGAGGGGCAACCUUGCUCUUUGCCAACUUCUCAUUGACCACGGUGCUAAGAUCGACCGUCAGCCGCGUGAAACUCACCAGCGCCCUUCGGCACUCAUGGUCGCGGUCCAGCAUGGGCUCAUGGAUAUUGUCGAUCUGUUGAUCAAUUCAGGCGCUCGACUCAAUGACUUAUUUGAGGUAGGCCCCAGGACUGUUCUUGGCGCUGCCGUUGGAACCGGAGACGAGGAACUAAUUCAAAAAUUAUACAACGCCGGCGCAAGGUGGACAUUCGCAAUCAGGAAGAUCGGCAGUUUGAAAAUCGCAAUGCUCAUCAAGGAAAAAGGAAUUCUUUCAAAAUUGCUGAAUCAUCGUGGUCCUCAGCUGCUCGUUGAGGCUAUCCUAGCGCGAGAUGAUGACCUUGCAUGGUUCUUGCUUCAAAACAAUGCCCACGAGGAACGGAACAAAACAGGGCCCCGCACGAGAACGCCUCUAUGGGCUGCUAUUGAGAGUGAUCAAUUAGGCUUCGUGGUGCCUCUUCUUGACUUGGGUGCCAAAGUGACCGACACGGCUCUCGCAAAAGCCAUCAAAACCAAGUCUACCGUCCUGCAGAUUUUGCUUGCAGCAUUCACGGGAUCUGCCCCAACAGCAGUUACAACUGCUGUUCUAGAAGCGUCAAUGAUUGAUCUCGAGUUACUCCGGAAAGCAAAAGUCGACUUGAGAGGAGCCCCCCUAUUCUUAAGAGGUCACUGGUCUUGUAAUCCUGUAAAAUCGACUCCCUAUGGGAACUCUCGCGCCUUCCAGUCGGUAUUGGAGAUAGCAGCCUGGAAGGCCGAUGCAGUCAUAUUCAAGUACAUUCUUGAAUGGGCGUCUGCAUUGCAGGUGACAUGGAGUCCAACUUCCGUGGCCUGCGCGUUGACAUUGGCAAUCCUCGAACAAAAAACCUAUCAUAUAUCUGAGCUAAUCCGGCUUGGCUCUGACUUGGACGUCGAUAUUGCCGCUGAUGUUCCGCCAUCAUUGUGGGAUUUCGAUGUUUCGGAACCAGAGACAUACAGCCCUCUACAAGCUGCUGUAAGGACUCAGCAACUACAAAUCGUGCGUGAUCUACUAGAUCUGAAAAGAGCCGAUGUCAACUAUAUGGGAGAAGGUCAAUUCAGAAAGACUCCAUUGCAGCAUGCUGUUAAACUUGGGAAUAUGGAGAUUAUCAACAUUCUUCUCGAACAAGGGGCAGAUAUCAACGCUCCCCCUGCACAUGACAGUGGUGCGACUGCUUUACAGAUUGCGGCAAUUCAAGGGUUCAUUGGCAUUGCGAGAAUGCUGCUCGAUCUAGGUGCAGAUGUCAACCAAAAGCCCGCAAAAAAAGAUGGACGUACGGCUUUGAUGGGUGCCGCAGAACAUGGUCGCAUCGAUAUGUUACAUAUGCUUCUAGACGAAGGAGCCGAGAUCACAGGUGAAUAUGAAUGCUACUUUCGCGAAGCUGUGGAGCUUGCGGAGGGAAAAGGUCAUUGUGCUGCGGCUAGACUCUUGAAAAGAUCCAGGGAUCGUGUCAGGACCCCUGACCACGCUCAGGCACCCAGGCACCACCGGCGUCUGAGGCUGCUAGGGCCCACCCAGGGCUGCGGGCAGGGCUGCAGGCACUGCGGGCUCGCUUACACCUUAUAUAAGCUCACCAAGAGAUAUCCCUCAGAGAGGGAUCCCUUAUAG